AUGGCCGCUUACAUGGCGCUGCACAAGUAUGGCAGCCCGCACCAGGAGCCGCUCCGUGAUCCCCUGAUGUACGACACCGUACUCACACGCGAAGGCCUCCGCAAAGUUCAGCAUAUAGCACCGCGAGUGGCCGCUCUGGAGCCCCGGCCUGAGGUGGUCCUCAUAUCGCCUCUGACUCGCUGCCUCCAGACUGCAGUCGCCGCCUGCGAGCUGCUCGUGGAGCAAACCCGGGUUCCCCUGCUGGCUGAGCCGCUUCUCCGCGAGCGUGUGGUGCUGUCCUCGGAAAUCGGCCGCCCGCGCGGCGAGCUGAGGGGGGACUUCCCCGGACUCCUGAAACCGUCCACUGGUAUGAGGUCGGCUGUUCAACCGACCCGCCGCGCCCAGCCAGGUCCCACCACGCAGGUGUACGAGAAGCGGUUAGCGGCUCUGCGGGGACUGCUGGCUGGGCGGCCUGAGCGGUGCAUGCUGCUGGUGGCUCACUGGGGGGUGCUGCAGGCGCUGACUGGGGCAGAGCUUCAGCCCGGGGAAAUGGCGAGCGCCGAGGUGCAGCUGUAA